AUGAAAAUAGAGUGGGACUUUCUGAAGGUCCCAGACUCGGAAAGGAUCACGUACUCCGGGUUUAAGAGCUCCAUGAAGAGGAGGCUGGCGGCCCGCGCUGCGGUGGCGAGCAGCCCCAUUGUCACAAGAUGGCAGCAGCUGCACGCGAGAGGCCGCUCCCCCGCCCGCCUCGGUGCCUCCGCGGGGCCCCAGCGCGGCCGCGCUCCCGGGGAGACUCCAGUGACACCUCAGGUGCCUAAGAAACUCUCCGUUAUGAAAACUGUUGUGACUCUACCUAGCAGUCAUGCUGCAUUAGGCUUGGAAGGGAGCAGUAAUAUGAGAGCUGGAAUGGAAAAGAAACAAAUAUGUUCUUCUCAGCUUCCAGUGCUCCAGGAGGUUGGAUAUAGCAUUGCAGAAAAUGGUGACAUGAAGGUCUGUGAAAAUACCAGUUGCAUCUGGAAAGGAUGCCAAGAGGGGACCCAUAGUGACUUCAGAGCUGUUACCACCGUGAAGCCUUCCAUACUAUGGGAACCAGAAGUGAGGCUUCAUAUUAGUGGCUUGCGCAAUGAUUACUAUCUAAACAUACUGGACUGGAGCCUGGAAAAUCUUGUGGCUGUUGCUGUAGGACCGGCUGCACACAUCUGGAAGGGAGGAGCUCUUCAAACCAUUGAAAGAAUUUAUUUGAAUUCGAAUUCCAAAUACAUUUCUUCUCUGGCUUGGAUAAAAGAAGGAACUUGCCUUGCAAUUGGCACCAGCGAUGGAGAAGUACAACUGUGGGACAUUGAAACCAAAAAGAGGUUGAGAAAUAUGUUUGGUCACCUGUCUGUAGUUGGAGCGCUGAGCUGGAAUCAUCAUAUUCUGAGCAGUGGUUCACGACUAGGAUCUAUUCAUCACCAUGAUGUUCGGGUUGCUCAACACCAUGUUGGGACUCUUCGCCACAACAAAAAAAGCAUUUGCAGCUUGAAAUGGUCACUAACCGACCAGUUGCUGGCCAGUGGGUCUAGUGAUGGUAUAUUAAAUAUCUGGCCUGGUGACCCUGGUGUGAAAUUGCAGUUGCAGCCACUGAAAACCAUACCUCAUUCUUCAGCAGUUAAGGCAAUGAACUGGUGUCCUUGGCAGUCCAAAGUCCUUGCUACAGGGGGUGGAAUGAAGGACAGGAUUUUGCGUGUCUGGGACAUAAAUUGUGAGAAAAUUAUCCAAAGUGCAGCUACAGAUUCUCAGGUUUGUUCCUUGCUCUGGUUACCCCAAACCAGUGAACUGAUGACUGGACAAGGCCUUCCUGGAAAUCAGAUGAAGAUAUGGAAGUAUCCCAUGCUUAUCAAUUCAUCAGAACUCUAUGGUCACAAAGGGAGAGUCCUGCAUAUAGCUCUGAACCCAGAUCAGAACAGGCUCUUUUCUGUUGCGGCUGAUGGGAUAGCUUGUCUGUGGAAAUGCUGUGAGCCUGGGCAGAGCAAGCACAGCAGCAAGGCUUUUUCUAAUGAUUAUUUGAGCUCAUUCUUGUGACUUCUUUUCCUUGAAAGCAAGUGAUUAAAUGUAUUUAGAAGAUUCAAUAAUUCAAAAUAUGUGUGUUCCUUCCAGUGGAAACAUGGCAGAAGAUAGUAUAUUUUUUUUCAAGAAAAAGCAAUUUUCCCCGUCAGUCCAUCAUGUGAAAUGUUAGUAGCUUGUCUUACUUACCCUAGAGAAAAAAUAUUCUGACUCUGAAGAAUAACAUGAUAUUUAUUUUCAUUAAACUAGCAAGCAUGGAUGGAAUCCACACUGUAUCAAGUGCCAGCGUAAAAUCUUAGGUCCUGCUUUUAGCUAUGAUUUUCUAAGUGAUUUUACAUCUUACCAUCCCCAUUGGGAACCACAUGCCAAUAAUGUGUAAAUUCGCUUGAAUCAUUCAAAGGGCUAGAAUCAGCAGAGGACAGUCCAGGGGUCUGUAUUGUUCUAUAUAUCACAUGGGUCAUGGAACAGAAUCUGUCUAAGUAUUUCUAGAGAUCUAGGUUAAAUAUGUAAUUGUGGCUAAAUAUAAAUGAUUUCUUGGGAAUUCUUUGGUUUUUUCAUAGUAGUAAUGAUAACUAGCUUAAUUAGAAAACUGUCUUUAUUGUUUUGAAUUGUUUCCUUUCCUUAAACUUACCUGAUAUGUUUAACAAUGAUUGAAAAUAUAAAUAAUCACACAAUAGUUAUAUUAUGUAUAAUUAUGUAAUGAACUGGUUAAUAAGCCAGAUGGACAUAGUCAAAGAAGUUUGGAUCUAACACAACAUUUAGUUCAUUCGUUCCUUAAAGUUACCAAUUAAUUCUGGGUGUCAGCAAACCUGGCAGCUAUCACCUUCUUAUGAAUCUUCUUUAGCGUUCACAAGGACCAAACCUCUUGGACUUUAACAGAUGUCUGCCCGUGUUAAGACUUGCACACUGUCAACAGCUAAGUAAAGAUGUCAGGAUUGGUCUUCAGAUGCUAUUCAGAUGGAAUUUAGUGCUAUUCAGUGCUAUUCAAAAUGUGUUCUAUCCACAGACAUCUUUGGAGCUUUGCUUUCAUUAUUAGGAAUGACAGGAGGCAAGGGGUAAGGAUUCACUCAUACAUUUGUAUAUUAAAAACCCCAUGAGCUCAGAAACUCAUAUUGUUUGGAUUUCUUUUUUUUUCUGCUUGAGAUUUAUUUUGAGUAUUACCUGUAGCUGGGGAAGAAUGGGAGAUUAGGCCGGUAAAGCAGUGUCAGCCCAUGGAAAAUUACAUUUUACAAAUGCAUGAAAAGAGGUUGAUGAUGUUAACAGGGGCACAAGUAUCUGGAAAUGGGUGUGAAAUUUUAAAAACCUCAUCUUCUGUUGAUAAGUCACGUGUAUGCAAUCUUUAAGUGUGGAAGGUUGAGACCACUCAUCUUUUUUAUCUAGUAAAAUGUUAAUUUACAAUAAAUCUGCUACUAAACUGCUUGUUUCUGACAUUAUCUCAUGUGGUCUUCAAAAUAAGUUAGAAAAUGAGAAUGUUGGUUAUCAAUUGAGAAAUGACUACCAAGAAGUUGAUGUCUAAGAAUGGGAAAUUACUUAUCCUGUGCCUGUCUUCUAAUAUGAGCGUGUUUGUUGCAGCAGAUUUUAUCAAAUGUUUAUAAUCUGAUUUAAAUAUUCAAAAUAGUUUUGAAAGGAGUUUAAAAGUUUUUGAAAAUGUUAAAAACUUCUUUUCUCUUUUGAAUAGGGGGAAAGGAGUGUAAUUAAUCUCUUUACUUGCUUUUAUGAUUCUUACAGAAAUUCUCUCUCUUUCCUUAGGCAGUACCUACAUUGUAUUGGUUUGCCAAAUGAAGGAAGAGGUGUAUAACACUUGAUGGGGGGCUGUGGUAGGGUAGGAGCUGUCAGUACUGAAGCCAUGCAUAUUCUGUUGGAUGCUUAACUGUCAAAAUAAGAACAUACAUUUCUUUAUCACUGAGAAGUGCUCAUUUGUUAGUUAAUUAUGCUAGUUCGUUACUGAGUGAUCAAACUGUUUGGCCCCAGAAGUAUUUUAACUUAGUAUCUAAAGGUGGAAGAAGUCACUGAUUUCAGUAGAAUUAAAUCAUAAAUAUGACACAAUUUUGUA